GUACAAUUGGAAAAUUCAUCCAUCCGAUCAACUCCGAUUUGAUAGAGGGCGACAUAAUAUAUCUGCUGUCCAUUUGGUUGCUUGUUCUUCCGGGUUCUAUGAUAAACUUCCGGUUCCACGGUUUUUCGUUCUCUUCUACCAGCCUGAUUCAACAUGGGACGCGUCAGGACAAAGACGGUGAAAAAGGCCGCACGGGUCAUCAUUGAGAAGUACUACACCCGGCUGGGCAAUGACUUCCACACCAACAAGAGAGUGUGUGAGGAGAUUGCCAUCAUCCCCAGCAAGAAGCUGCGGAACAAGAUUGCAGGGUAUGUCACCCAUUUGAUGAAGCGCAUCCAGAGGGGCCCUGUCAGGGGCAUCUCCAUCAAACUGCAGGAGGAGGAGAGGGAGCGGAGGGACAACUACGUUCCCGAGGUCUCUGCCUUGGACCAGGAGAUCAUUGAGGUGGAUCCCGACACCAAGGAGAUGCUGAAGUUGCUGGACUUUGGCAGCUUAUCCAACUUGCAGGUUACCCAGCCCACUGUCGGAAUGAACUUCAAAACACCCAGAGGAGUUUGAACAUUUUUCAUGUAUACCCAUCAAUAAAGAAAAAAAAAAAGAAAAUCAA